CUGCAAAUCGAAGCCUGCUGGAAACAUGGGAUCUGGCAGUGUCGCCUCAAGAGGACAGAAGGGAACUUCAAAUUUGCUGCUGUAACAAGUCUGCGUUUGAUUGAAGUUUGCUUGCUAAUUCUCAAGGUUAAGGCUAAUUGGGCAACGUUUCCAUCUGCAGUUCAACUUUGUAAAAACGGACGAGGCUCAUGAAAUCGUAGCCUAUGAUUUACUUCAAAGCUAGCAAGCGAAUUGAAAUAUCAUCGGGCAGUAAUGAGCCAAGUUGGUAGAUAGCUAGCUUUGGAACCAAUUCAUAGCCACAACGUUCUGCAGUAAUAUGUUUUCGAAAGAAACGUUCGUUGUUUUCUUAAACCAGCUAACUGUGAACUAGGGGAUUGGAUAGUGAGAUGCUUGAAUAGCCUAAGUUAGUUGUAUUGGUGGUUUCUUAACUUUGUCAGUCAACUAUUGCUGCUAGCUCCCAGCGUAAAGCUUUUUCAGUUGCUUUUAAUGUUGAAAUUUUUAGAAAACCGAGGAAAUGCCCGUUUUGUUGUACAAAAGAACGAUUAGCUAGCUGGAUGUGUAUAGGGCGAGCGAGGUUGAUGGUAAAAUUUCUUAGCAUUUAAAUUGGUUACCUAGUGUUAAUUAAAUUUGCGCAUUGUUCGCUGACGGCGAAGUAUGAUUUGGGUCAUUAAUAGCACAUAAUUUGCUUGUUUACCGCAUAUCUAGUAACAUAGGCGCAUAGGCACUCAGGUGAGUGGGUGAAGACUCCUACUGGUUGUUCAAUUGACCGCUGUAACUGUUAUAGGCUAUAAUGCGCGAUUCAGCGUUGAAUUUUAGCGUCCUUCAUAAAAUAUGCACACUGAUUGUGCUUCUGUGUUUUAUUCACAUUUCUAUUACGAUAUUUUAUUAUGUAAAAUCUCUCGAUGUACGUGCUACAUUUGCCCAGAAUCAGCAAUCGCGCUCACUAAAACAAAGUCAACUUAUGUUGAAUACCGUAUUUAGGGAAGCGAAAGUUGACCCUCCCGAAACAAAAGCCGUUUCUCUCUCAAAUGAUGCCAAGACCAUCAAAGAACUUAAAAAAUGCCCCGACCCAUCGCCACAUUUGUUGGGCCCGCUGAGGAUCGAGUUCUCCACCCCGGUCAGCUUAGACCUGGUGAGAUCCGAAAAUCCGGCCCUACAAGAUGGGGGCAGGUAUCGGCCCAGCGACUGCACGGCCCUGCGGAAGGUAGCCAUCAUCAUCCCCUUCCGAAACCGCGACGAACACCUCAAGUACUGGCUCUACUACCUACAUCCCAUCCUGCGCCGCCAACAGCUCGACUACGGCGUCUACAUCAUCAACCAGAACGGGGAUGAGGUGUUCAACCGUGCCAAACUGCUUAACGUGGGCUACAUGGAGGCGCUCAAGGACUACAACUACGACUGCUUUGUAUUCAGCGACGUUGACCUCAUUCCCAUGGAUGACCGCAACAUCUACUCCUGUUUCAGCCAGCCCAGGCAUCUGUCAGUUUCCAUGGACAAGUUUGGCUUCAGACUGCCGUAUAACCAGUACUUCGGUGGGGUGUCGUCCAUGAGCAAGCAACAGUUCCUUAGAAUCAACGGUUUCCCCAACAACUAUUGGGGCUGGGGUGGGGAGGACGACGACAUUUACAACAGAUUAAGUUCCAAGGGGAUGUCCAUCUCGCGCCCCAGUGGUGCCAUCGGAAAGUGCCGGAUGAUCCGUCACGAUCGGGACAAGCAGAACGAGCCCAACCCUCAGAGGUUCGACAGAAUCGCUCACACCAGAGAGACGAUGAACCGGGACGGCAUCAACUCCCUGACCUAUAAAGUGAUCCGAGUUGAGAGGGACAAGCUGUACACCAAAAUCACAGUGGACGUGGGCAAGCCCUCCGCGUGACCCCCCUACCCCAUCCCCCCCCCCCCCCCCUAUCAGGACAGACCGCCGCAUGUGCCGUGGACGCGGUAACCCGACGUGCCUUCACACGUGAUGCACGCGUCAGAAAAGGAGGAACCGCCAGCAGGCAAGCCAAUUAAAAGAAACCUCACCCCGUCUCAUUUCCUUGUUUGCACGGCCGACAGCGAAUUGUACUGUGUUUUAAGGCGCUUUGUUCUUUCCCUUCUGUCGGGGGAAGCAGCGCGGAGUUUUGUUUCACCACGAGCCCAGGGACCUUCCCGACAGACCUGGUCAUGCGGUUUACCCGCAACCAAACGUUCACUUGCCAACGUGCCGUUAUUCUGAAGAGGAUUUCCCCUUGUGUGAUUUCCGUUUGACUUCCUCCGGCUUUGUAGAACGUUCUCUAGCCAGGUGCCCCCCCCUCCCCCCGGAAAAGACAUUCCUUAUCUCAGCGGGGCGUCCCGCUAAAAUAACGGCAAACCAAAAUAAUUCAGAAGCUGAAAGAAUGUUUGUGUUGAUUGACGAUCAGCAUGUACGCGUGUCUCUCUGUUGCGCUGCUCGAUAACUGUGACGAUCUUCAGGUGGUUUGCGUAAGAGGAGUUGAGUGUUUUUUAGAGUGCUUCUUCUGAGGAAUGUGUGGGAGAGGAAGGAGGAUAAGGUGGAGGAAAAAAAAUGUUUUGAAUACAUAGCGCUGGAGUGGUUUGAAUUAUCAUGUGAGGGGGACAGCACUGUUUUGCACAAAAAUACCAGCAGAAUCGAAGCACUGCAGACAACCGAUUCUCAACCUGAGAAUGGGCAGUCUUUGGGAUUUCAUUUGUCAGUUUUAAUCGUGUGUAGUGUGUGUAUGUGUGGUUUCUGAAGCUGGCACAUUCAGCCCUGUUGCACACGGCAUCUCGGCUGAGACCGCAGCACAAACCCGUCGAUCGUGUCUCAACCCUGCUCCGUCGGGUCUGUGAACCCAAUAACACAACAAGCCAGUUUUGACCUUUGACCUUUGACCUUUGACCAGUGUAGCGAUUUCAGAAUGUGCAGGAUCUUAGGGAGGGCUUCCAGACCGAAGGACGAGAACACAAAUAAAUCUAACUUUGCUUAGCUGAUUUUUGACCUGGUUAUUAUUAUUUUUUCUUGUAGUAGUAGAGUUGUUCAGAUUUUUAUCAGGUUUGAAAAUGUAAAACAUGGGCUAAGCUGAAGCACCGUUUUUAAAAAUGAUUUUUAUAUUUGUUUUUCUCCUCCUCUUCCUCCUCCAACAUCCUCCCAUACAGUUUUGGAGACAAGCAGCUUGAUCUGGUAAAGGGUUAGAAAAUAAGCCAUUGCUGUCUCUGUUGCCAAAGUUCUGCUGGUCUAUUAUAGACCGUUCAGUUUCCCUCUUGGUUUGAAGAAACUUUGGCCUUUGUUUUUUUUCUUUUUUUCACUGCUUGAAAGUGCUUAAAAGAAAGAAAAAUAUACAUUUCCUCACCCAAAUACUCAGGAACUUUGAUUUUUGUGCAUGCUAAUUCAUGCAUAUAAAGUAUGUGAGCAUAUCCACUAGUGUGCCAAAAGCAGUUUGAAGGUUGAUGGUGAAAGGAAAGCCAGCUCUGAGUCCUCCUGGGUGGUUUGUCAACAUGGCCGCCAAGCGGUGUGCAAAGGCGAAAGUACUGUACAUAACCUUUUAGGGAAAAGUCCCAAGGACUUCUUUCCACCCAAAAAUAAUUUGCUGGCGCUUUGACUGAGCUGUCCUUCCAUGAGUUGGUCCUUCUCCCCUAGGGUGUUCGAACCGGUCCUCGUGAAGGUUGUUCGGAAGAUAGUGGCCUUCAGAAAGAAUGUUGGGAAAAGAGCAGUUUGUGCAUCCCUGAAUACGCAGCAAUGAUGUUUAUUUGCCCCCCCCCCCCCCCCCUCCAACCCCUUCUGCUUUUAAUGUUUUCAAUAUGUUUAGACAAGAGCUUCAGUUUGAAGCCUGCAUAUAGUUCAAGUUUAGGUAAAUGGGGAGUUGGCCUGAAAAUGGACUAAUACAAAAGGACUGAUAUUUUGAUCUUGAAUGGGAGAAGGCCAGUUCUUGCUACAGUAUCUUAAUGCUCAGGAGGAUUUUGAGGGCUGGUUUUUCUUUUAUAAGAAGCCAGUUAUUCUCAUUUGUGUGUCUGUUCUUUCUUCAUCUUUGUGCUGUGCCAGGUUGUGUAACAACAGCAUGGCAUCAUAUUUCUGUUGGAUUUCAUUACAAAUGACAUGUCCUGGGUUUGUAUUUUAUCUUUUUUUUUUUUUUUUUUUACCAUUGUCAAGGUGUACGUUUUAAUUCCAAUGUUUGCUGUAUUGUUUAAUAAAGGAUCUAAUUGCUUUAAAA